AUGGCAAGCCUUUCAGUAUCGCUCAUUUUCAUAAACACCGUUAGGAGAGUAAGAACAAAAGUCAAGAACGAAAGGGUGCAUAUUGGGGGAUUAACCCAUACUUUGGAAAAGUCUUCGUGGAGGCAGAAGCGCCAGACCCACGCUAGGCAGUUCACUGAUCCGAUUCGUUUAAAACAGAUGUAUUUGGAUUUAAAACAAACAGAGAUGUCAGUCCUGGGCAUGUUUAUUGAUUCUGUGUUAAACCUCAAACUGCGGGUAACACUAGAUAUUCAGGACCAGCUUCUCCCCCCUUACUUAUCACUGAAGGCAGGAACAGGAGUGUUCAGUACGCCUCUUACUGUAGAUUGCAAAAUGGCUGAUACUCUCUUAAGCAAUCUGGACAAGUUACUGCUACAAUUUGUUUUUCAGCUUGAACAGGCAUCUUACUCCAAGGAAUAUGAAAGACAACAGAUACAGCUAUAUACUGCAAACAUUUUGGAGGAAAAAAGUGAAAUCUGCCACCUACAUGAAGAAAUAAAUAAAAGUGAGGAAGCAAUUCUUAACUUAUGCAGACAAAAUAAUACCAAUAAAGAGAACUGUAACAUCUGGAAACCAACAUAUGUUAUUUUGAAAAAACAUGAAGAAUAUUUGCAGAAAGAACUUCAGAAUUACCAAGAAGCAACAGAAAGAGACAAAAAAAUGUACCAGGAUUAUAUGAAUCAAUAUCAAGAAGUUUUCAGGCAGCACCAAGCAAAAUAUUUAGAAACUACAAUUGCUCAAGAAUAUUAUCGUGAAAAAAAAGAAUACGAAGAAAUUCAAGAUCGAGUUCAACAAUAUUCCAAAUUAUUUAAGCAGAAAGAAGCUCAACUGAUAGAUCUUCACAGACCUGGUCCUUUCCAAUCACUUUCUUCAUGGGCAAUUCAUAUUGCUUCUCUGUGGCAGAACACAAAGGAAACUCUUAUUCAUGAAGCAAUUCUCAAACAGCAAUCAGCACAACUUGUCAAAACUGCAAAAGAGCUAGAAAAGAAAAUUAACUACUUCAAAGAGCAUCUAGACAAUGUUACAGAAGAUCAAAAGCAUACUGAACAGAUGGAAGAGGAUUCUAAUGUGAUAGAAGAAAAAGCAAAAAAUCAAGAAAGAAAGAAGGGCUUUGAUGAAAGCUUGUUCAAAGAGAGUCAACAUUUAUUGAACAAGAAAGAACAAACGUAUAAACCAUUAAAUCUACCUAGCAUUUUUCAGAAAUUAGUUCAAAGUGUGCCAACUGUGAAACCACUAUUUCAGAUCACAGACACAGGUAACAAAAUAGAAAAGGAAGAGAAUCUGGCAGGACAUUCAACAGUGACUAGUAUGUAUUUCAACCACAUGGAAAAUGAAAAUCAGAUAUGCAAUCAGAAAUGUGAAAAUUCAGAAACCGAUAUUGUAGAAACAGAUUCAUCUAUAACAAAUGAUCCCAAGGAAAUACCAAAUAGAUUAUUAGCUAAUCAGAAGAACACACUUACUAAACAGUGCUUUAACAUUGAAAAUACAAAAGCAAGAGAUGCAGAUGCUGUAUCAACUCCAGGGCUAAUAACUCCAGAGUCUAACAUGCUUCCAAAAACCCCUGACUCUGGUGAGAUGAGAACUCCAUUUGAACUAUUUCCAUCAGAAAGUGAAGGAUUGCUGGCCAAGUCACCUGCUUUUUCUUUUCUUGCUGGGUUUACCUCAAAGUCACAGUCACCUGGAUUUAAUUUUUUUGAUUUUUCUGCAUUUGGAACUGACAGUUCAUUGGAUCAGUCAGGUGAAAGCUGCUCUGCUGGAAAUAUAAAUCCAAUUUCUCCACACAAAGAUAUUGGAGAUUUCUUUGGGAAAAUGGAUAAUGAAGACUCAUUUACAUUUGCAUUUCCAACACUUCCUUCUGCUCAGGUUUUUCAAGAUGGGAAAGAAGACUUUAAUUUUCCCUUUGCUUUUGGAUCCUCAGAGCAAUCCACUCUAAAAGGUUUUCAAUCUGCCUCAGAAAACAGAAAACCAUUUUCACUUUUCUGA